AUUCAUACUUUCGCUCCUGCUGAGAGUUGGUCGAUUUUUGAGAGCAGUAUUUUUUCUAAAAUUCUCUGAGGCAUUGCCUCUAGUAACUCCAGUGAAUUCUACAUAGAAUUUAGUAUUAUCUUGUUCAGGAAAUUAUCACCGAGAAAAAUCAAAGUGUGGUGCAUAACAAAAGAGAUACAAAUUGUGUGAAGAACAAGAGGAGCAGUAUUUAUAGAACAAAAUGCAACAGUUUUCCCUCUACUUUGCCUUCAUCCUAGUCAUUCUGAUAGGAAACAGUGAAGCCAAACGCGGAUGUAGUCUCUACGGCCAUUCAUGCUACGGUGGACACGGCAAGAGAUCAACCCUGCCCCUGCUAACGGAUACCGGUAUAUCUCUCGAUGCGGCACCAAGUCCCCUGAUGAAACUGAUCCGGGACACAAGUCGACCCUAUUCACCAUCCCUCGUUAUUGACUAUAACGACCUGUAUGAAAAUGAUAACGAACCGGACAAUUUACGAACGGCGAAGGAUUUCAAAUAUGCCAUUUAUACCCUUCUGAGACAACUGGCCGACAAUCGAAUGAGAAAUCCCAGCGAUAUGGAACAGCACCAAAAUGCUAAUGCAAAUGAUUUCUACAAAACCACCACUGCAAACAACAAUAACCACAUCAACAACAUUUAACUUGCGUCUCCCUGAAUUUGAUUAUACAUUUCCCCAUGCACGAUUGAAAGAAAAAAAUGUUUAGAUUGUACAUAAGAGAUGAUUUUUUCUGCAGAUGAAGCGAAAGAAAAAGGGUUUCUCUGGAAAGAAUUCUAAUAGAAUGCUGGGGCUGGCAGCAUUCUAUUGGGCUUUUUUCCACGCAUGUUAGCAUUAUUCAGUUGACAUUACCCCCCUCGCACAUGAAGGUACCACACAAAAUAAAUAUUUAAAUGUUCUCUUUUUGGCUGCUGUAGUAUGUAAUCUCAGAAUUGUACUUGAAGAAUAAAUGAUUAAAUAAAAUAAUUAACAGAUAAAAUAUA